GAUGAACCAUGGCAGAGGCGGCGUUUUCCGUAGAUGGAAAAUAUUAUUCUGCCAUCACACAGGAUGGUAGACUGAGGAUAUGGGACACAGAAACUAAUGUAUUAAAACAAGAGUACACACCAGACUUACAUUUAACUUCGCCGCCUUCUUGUUUGCAAUGGAUAUCAGCAACUCAGUCAGCGAAUACACCAAAAGGUGGCAGACGCAAAAGUGUAUCAGAGGAAACGCACCACAUAGCUCUCGGUACAACCAGCGGAAAGAUUUUAAUAUAUUCAGUGGCACAGGCAAAAGUUGAAACAGUUUUAUCAAACGAAAACUCACACAGUGGGAUAACUUCGUUAGAUUGGCACGCAAAAUAUGGACUGUACAGUUGUAGUAAGGAGAAUAGUUUGUGCGAGUGGGACUUGCAAAGUUCGUUAAUUAGAUAUAAGUAUAAUGUUAGCAUUGAGAGUAAGAGUAAACAUGGAAAUAUACGAGCUAUCAAAAUUGUUCCGCAUAAGCAGAACACAGCAGCCAGAUACCUGGUGGCAGCUUCGUACCAAGUCAUGUUGUGGAGGCUCCACGAUGGAGAGGCCACCAUCAUUAAGAAUUUAGGGCAUAAUGCUGCACCUACAGCCUUGCUUUCGAUAGCCACCUUGAACGAUGUCUGCUGGCUUAUUGAGGGUUCACAGAAUGAACGCCUCCUCUCAUUCUGGGAUGUAACAAUAACAGAUGAACAUGUACCACAAAUGAACGGAGAUGAGACCCCACACAAGAAGCAGAGAAGGAAAUCUAUCUCCAAGGCCCCUACCACCACUGCUACCCCCACCUACAACUUUGUGCUUGAAGAUGCUCCGAGACUGGUGGACGUGGAACUUAAAAAUGAGGAUGGUGCUACCAAAUUGAGUUUAGCUGCAGCGACUCGGAGUGGAGUUGUACAUUAUUACGGGCUUAUGUUGAAUGGGUCAUCAACGAAACCCAUAAAGCCGUCAGUGACGAUACAGGUGACGAGCGCGGACGCCCGCCCCUUGCCCCUACAGUGCUGCAGACUGCCCCCCACUGGGGAGCUCCUGCUUGGCUACUGGAAUGGACCGGUCAUGACCUUUGAGAGAGUGAAACCAGAUUUAAAAACAAAAACUCAGAUAUUGAUUCGCGGUGAGAAAGAACCGAAAAAGAAAGGGAAGCAAGAUGCGAAGAAAGUUCGAGAGAAUGAUACGUCACAGGUCACUUACGUUGAGCCGUUGGGGGGCGUCGCAAGGAAACGAGCCACGCCCGGAGAUAAGGUGGAAGUACCGAUGGAGGCUAGGCUGGCGAACUUGGCGCUGGACGUGAAGGGUCGCAGCAAGUCUGCCGUCAGCCAGAACCUCACCAAGCUACUCAUGCAGGGACUUCAUUCCAAGGACAAAAGUAUAAUCCUGACAGUGCUACAGAAGGACGACCCAAUGGUGGCGCUGCGCACAGUGAGCAAUCUGCCCGCGGACUACGUGCCUCAACUGUUGGAACAACUCGCCGACAUGGCCACCAGGAAGACUAGUCAAUGCGCGUCCGUAUGUACGUGGCUGUCGGCAGUGGUGAGAUGUCACUCAGCCCUGCUGCUCGCUACGAUGGGAUCCAGGUCCUCAGACCACCUCACACAACUAUUAGCCAUUUUCACCAACCGACGGUCACACCUAUGCCAGCUGCUGAACCUCAAGGGUCGGCUGGACCUCACGAUAUCACAGCGCAGCGCCUCCGAUAUCGCACAGGAAGAACAACAACCCGUCCUCAAUUAUAAUGAUUCAUCAUCGGACGAGGAGAUGGAAGCGGAGCCCUACCAGUCAGACAGUGACGCUUCCUGGGGUGACGACAAGUUCGAGAGCGAUGCGUCGGCGCAGGAUGAAGCGGACUCCGACAAUGAUUGACGUUGU